CUGUUUUGGUUGUGGCAUCGAUUGAGAACGCCGAGGCAGACGGAGCGUAGUAGUAAGCGAACGGCCACCACGAUCGUGCGCCAGUGAGUACCGCAAGCGGAAGCGACACGAAGGAAACCGCGCAGAUCGCAACGUGAGCGAGCUUUGCACUUUGUACGGCCGAUACACCAACACCGGUGCUUCCUCAAACUGCCGGCACCGCGCGUCACGUGGUGGCUGGCGCGCUACAAUUUCUCCGCCCUGCGAGGUCUGACCGCGUUUGUCGUUACGAAACAAAGGCGGCUGAUAAGGCCGACUGCUUUUGAAAAGCCGAAUAUCCGCGGGAGUCGGUGUUUGGGAAUGGUCAUACCGCGAUUUAAGGCCAUGCCGGCCACGCGCGGCUUCUGAAAUGCGAUAAGAUAUGCGCCGCCGAAAACAAUCGAAUAUGGUUCGCUCUUAUUCAUUGUCUUUGCCCGAAGAUAGCGCGGACGUCAGUACAGCAUCCUCGACUAAUAGCGGAGCAUUCGAACUCCGCGUUGUCGGUGCGAGUCCCCGCCGCCGGCGCUCUGUGUUCGUCGCGAUGCGCAGCGUCGGCUUCAACACCCUCCUCGUGAGGCGCUUCUGGAGUCUCUGCUCCCUUCUCGUGAGGGACAAGAAAGCGGCGCUGCUCCUCGCCGGUUUGAUGUUUUUCGUCGUAACCUACGAGUUCGUCUCGUACCAAGUGGGCCUCACCAACAGCCGCUUCUACUUGGUGCUGGGGAACAAAGACCUGCACGGAUUCUGGAUCCAAACGGCCCUCGGUCUCAGUCUCGUUUUCGCCAUAUCCAAGACGAGGGCUCUGCGCACUUUCCUGGCGUCGACCACAGGAGUGCACUGGCGCAAGAUCAUCACCAAGCACCUGCACGGGCUCUACUUUGCCGACAAGAAUUACUACUGCGUUAACAUCUUGAAGGAACUGGGCGGAGACCUGGACAAUGUCGAUCAACGAAUGACGCAGGACGUCGACCGCUUCUGCAAGGCUCUGGCAGAUGCCCUGCCGGCUGCGCUGAUCGUUCCAUUCACGACGGCCUACUACAACUACCAAGCGUACGUGGCCACCGGCUGGAUAGGUCCAGUCUCGACGUUCGUGUUCUUCGUCGUGUUCACGGUGCUCAACAAGUUCCUGAUGGCGCCGGUAGUUCCGCGCGUCUACCAGCAAGAGAAGCAAGAAGGCCAGUUUAGGCACGCGCACGCGCGUGUCAGGGACCACACCGAAUCCAUAGCCUUCCUGGACGGGGACCCCGUGGAGGAACAGAACGUGAACGCCGUAUUGGACGACGUGGUCAAGGCUCAGCAGUCCGUCGUGAACAGGCAGUUCCCUCUCGCCUUUGGCGUCCACCUCUUCGACUACACCGGCGCGAUCCUUAGUCUUCUGGUCAUCGCUGUGCCCAUCUUCACCGGCGUGUACGAUUCGCUGACGCCACCGGAACUGGCAUCGCUCAUUAGCAAGAACGCGUUCGUGUCCAUCUACCUUAUCAGCUGCUACAGCAGCCUCGUCGACCUGUCCGGCAGCGUGGCUGUGAUCGCGGGAAACACGCACCGUAUCGCGGCCCUUAGGGAAAAGCUGGUGGCACUGAGCGAAGAGCUACGCGAAUUGCGCGCCGCCGCCGACGCUCCCGACGACGACAAGCACCCGAUGGAAGAAGGCACCAGUGACGAUGACUGUCCCACGGUAGAGCUCCAAGACGUGACGUACAGUUCACCGCGAGACGGUAGCGUGCUCGUCGAGAAGCUAACGUGGAGACUCGACUGCAAGCGGACGGCGCUCAUCACGGGACCUAACGGAAGCGGCAAGACCACUCUGCUGAGAGUCAUCAAGGGCCUGCGGAACGUCGACUCCGGAAGCGUCCACGUGACCAACUUGCAUUCUUUGGCGUUCUUCCCGCAGCAGCCGUGGCUGACGGUGGGAAGCCUCCGGAAGCAGCUUCGCUACCCCUUUCCUGACCGUUGUCGCAAGGGGCUCGAAGAGCUGGACGACGAAAACAAAGAAAUGGUCUCACUUCUGGAGCUCACCGGCCUUAGGAACCUUCUGAACAGCGCCAACGAUCUCGACAGCGAAAUGGACGCCGCGUGGUACGACACGUUGUCUCCCGGAGAACGGCAGCGGCUCAGCUGGGCCCGACUGCUCUACGCACGGCCAAGGAUGGCACUGAUGGACGAAGCGACUGCCUCUAUAGACUUGGAGCUCGCGGAUAAGCUCAUAGCUGAAUGCCAUAACAGGGGCAUCAACGUAGUUGCCAUCUGCCACAAGGGAUGCUGGGACACUGAUGCGGUGCUAGAGUUGCGAGGUACCGACGGCUACUGGACGGUCUCGUAAGGGGGCGACGUAAGCUGGAAAAUGUCCUAGGAAGGAUGGAGUGAAAUGUGCCUGUGUGCGAUCGCGUGAAUGUUACAUCCUAUCGGCUGACGUACUUUCAUAGUGGACAAGACGAACAUAGAACGGUUUUAAUAUAGGUGGACGUGAGAACCUUUGGUUAAGACAUAAAUAUUUCUGCUAUGUAUAUUUCUUAUUGUCGUGUGCACUGCAAGUCUGGCUGUUACGUUCUUUCGUAAUUUUUCGUGAGAGCCGAAAACAGAAACCAGAAAAUGUAUUUAAAGCUGCCAGGAAUAUCUCAUUAAUACCUAGAGUUUUAUGUUGAUACCUGACCAUAGGCCUCGUCAUCAAGCGGCAACAAUAUUAGAGAGUUAUAGCUAAGCGAGCCAGCGGGCCCAGCAAUCCAGCGUAGACGCCAGUGCGCAUGCGCGGUAAAACAUGCGCAGUGUUGUCGACGCUGGCUCGCUUAGCUAUAACUCUUUUAUUAUGCGACUGCGAAUGGUGAUAAGGCGUGACUGGUUCUUGAUGGGGGGGGGGGGGACGAUCUCUCGACGGCUACACAAUCGUAACCAGAUCUUCGUAAUUUCCGAGCAUAUAACGAACCCUUUCGAACAAAAUAAAUCUGCGCGUUUCUUUCUACA